UUACGCACCCCCUGAGAUUAACAGUGGAAGUAACUUUUUUGAAGACGCAAGUCUUAAGAGUACUAUUGAAGAAAAGGAAGAAAUAGAGGUUUAAAGAGAUAUGCAAGUUAUGAAGAGUUUCAAGUGUAUCUCUAAACACUUAUGACUGCAAGGGAACCUAGAGGAUUUGGGUUCAUCCAAUACUUUGAUCCUGAGGAUGCUUCUGAUGCAAAGUACCAUAUGGAUGGGAAGAUGCUGCUUGGAAGGGAAACUGUUGUUGUUUUUGCAGAGGAAAAUAGGAAGAAGCCUUCUGACAUGAGGGCCAGGGAAAAAAUAAGUGGCAGAGGUCGUUCUUAUGAUGGGAGGUUGCGCUCAAGGUCACCUGGGUUGAACGAUUCUCCUAGGGGUAGAUUACGGUCCCAAAGCCGAAGCUACUCGCCAGCACUUAAGCAAAAGCACUAUUCAAGGUCCCCGGCUCCACCUCGGGAGAGAUCUUUGUCGCGUUCCCUAGCUAUCAACAGAUCAAGGAGUGCAAGCCCCAUUGUUAGCAGGUCUCGUAGGCAGGGGUCUCUCUCUGUUAGCGAGUGA